CGACCGUUCGGCCGCCAGGUUGUUGUUGUUAUGGCAACAGCAGUUAGCGGACUCGUAGAUAAACAGCAGCAGUCUCGACUUGAGUUUGCAAUGCUGUGUAUCAGUGCUGAAUGAAUGAAUAAGAAGUAAACGCAUUUAAAUAAUUUAAUACGAAAAGCUUCUGGAUCUUCAGCGAUGGGAGAAUCAGGAGAGAUGUUAGAUAAUUCCUACGUCAUCAGACCCAACUUCCAACACAAGUUCAAACCAGCGACAGCGAAAGAGUGUAUCCACCAGAUCCUGAAGGAGGAGCUGGUGAGCAAACAGUAUGACCCAGAGCAGGUGCCAGCUCUCACCCGCGCCCUGUCCGAAGCCGUUAAGGACAAGCUGAAAGAGAUGGGGUAUGACAGAUACAAGCUGGUGGUGCAGGUUGUGAUUGGAGAGCAGAGAGGGGAAGGCGUCAAGAUGGCAGCUCGCUGUUUCUGGGAUGCUGACACUGACAAUUACGCCCAAGAUAUCUACAUGAAUGAGAUCCUCCUACUGCACCUCCCUCUCCUGGUACUGCAGAGCGACCCCUGCUGGUAGAGGUUGAAAGCAGCAGCCAGUCGGUGGUCAAGCACUGGGAAUGUUGGGUUUCCAUUCCAGUCUACAAGAGCCCAUUAUCCACACAACAACAUUUUUUCCACGCUUUUCAAGCAGUACAAAAUGUUUCUCAUAAGAAAACAAACAACAAAAAAACAAGAUUUAAUGUUAAAAGCAAACUUGGAAAAUCUUAGAAAGCAGUCAUUUUAUAUAUUUCUAGUACAAAUUAAAACCAAGGUAAUAAUAGUGCGCACAUACUGUCAUGCAAAACCUGAAAUGGAUUGUUGCUGGACUGAACCAGGAGAGCCUUGGAGGAACGAACACUCCGCCUUCCAUUCAGAGUCAUAGCAGAAACCCCAUGCCCAGCGUGCUCUGCUACAAUUGACCGAUUACAAGUGAAAAGCAUUCAUGUCUUUUGAGUUUUGCUUCUGUACAGUUUGAGAAGAGAUGAUCUAAUCUAAUAAAACACAACAUUAAAAGAUGUAA